UGCCCUCUGUGUUAAAUGUUAAUAAUAAGAUAGUCAAUGCUGUUCAUAGAGAAGUCAUCAUUUUAUCUAUGAAUCUCUGGUGCUGAGUGAUACACCUGGAAUAUAUAUCAGUCAGCAGUCAGCAGCCAGGAUCCAAGUGUAGCUGCUGAAGAAUCAUGUGCUCGGAGAACGUAGUGCGGGAGGUGCCGAAGAUCGACUUCAGUGCACUGCAUCCGGAUCAGCCAGGAAGCAGAGGUUGGGCGGAGGUGAGGGCGCAGGUGGCCGAGGCACUGCGGACUUAUGGGUGGUUUGAGGCCGUUUACGAGAAGGUGACACCUGAGCUGAAGGAGAAGGUGUUUGGCUCAGCUGUUAAGGAGCUGUUCAACUUGCCGCUCGAGGCCAAGCUUCGCAAUGUCUCUGACAAGCCUUUCCAUGGAUAUCUUGGUCAAAUCCCAUUUCUCAGAUAUGAGAGCCUCGCCAUCUUGCACCCUCAUGAACCUGAUGCCAUUAAGGCUUUCACUGAUCUCUUGUGGCCUCAGGGGAGCUCCGACACCUUCUGUGAGCCUGUUUGUGGUUUCUCAAAAUUGUUGGUUGAGCUGGACCAAAUGGUGCGAAUGAUGGUGCUGGAAAGCCUUGGAGUGGAGAAACACUAUGAUUCUCUGAUGAAGACCAACAAGUUCUUGCUUCGUCUGUCAGAGUAUCCUGCUCCUGAGGAGGAUGAGGAGAAGAAGAAGAUGCUCGGGCUGGUGCCUCAUCGCGAUAAGAACACCUUGGCCAUAGUGUGCCAGAACCAGGUGGAUGGGCUUGAUAUGCAGACUCAGGAUGGGAAAUGGAUCCCUGCCGUUCCAUCCCCCUCUUCCGUCAUUGUCAUUGCUGGUGAUACUCUCCGGGCAUGGACGAAUGGGCAAAUGUAUUCACCUCUGCACACUGUCAAUGUGGGAGGCAGCGUGACCAGAUAUUCGGCUAUCCUGUUCUCACUGCCAGAGGAUGAGCUUAUGAUAGAGCCAUUGCCUGAGCUUGUGGAUGAGACCCAUCCUGCUCUGUUUAAGCCCUACACUUACAGUGAAUAUGUCCGCUUCUGCUUCUCAGAGGGAAGGGAUGCAGAGUGUCAGCUUGACGCUUACUGCAGGAUAGCACCAUAGUUAAUCCCCUUGAAGUUGAUGCCAAGCAUGUGAUCUAGCUGUGCUCUCUCUCUUUGUUAUCUUGGCAAAUACUCUUUUGUGUUAUCUUAAAAGACUGAGAUUGCCAAUAAAACGCAUUAAUUUGUUGCUGCUGGUUUAUCUGGUUUGUGUUGUAUGUAGUCUAAACUGCAAGGUCUUGUGAGGUUUCAUUUCAAUUGAAUCAAAUCAAAUGCAGUUGAAUUCA